UCCCAACGGAAUUUCCUUUUAACUGUGAUUUUUAAAAUAGUCAUCGCGGGUGAGGGUAAAAAGAGGUUUUAUGGUGUUGAAUCAACUUUUUAAGUUGGUUGAAAGUAGCAUAUUUAGCUAACGGCUACAGCUCUGGUCAGUUGGCAGCUCGUUGUCCCACAGCGAAGGUUGGGAGCCACCUGACAACUGCUCACAUGAUUUCAACUAGUGAAGCCAAAAUACGAAUAGCAAGGAAGUGUCUAUUUAAUUUUUAAUUGCUCUUUGCGUUAUAGGGCUAGUUCGGAUCAAACGGUUGCCGCGGAGGUGUUUAAUAACAAAACCACAACAAAAACAUGUUUGGUAGAAAGAAGAAGGCGCCGAUGCCCAAAGGACAGGGCGCUGCAGCAGCCAAACAGAUGGGGUUAUUUGUAGACCUCAACCCUGAAGAGAUGAUGAUGGAUGCGGAUGAAAAUCUGGACGACCCAGAUCUGGAGGCUGAACUUGCUGCUAUUACUGGAAAUACAGUUAUUACAAAGGGAAGAGUCAAACCCAAGGGGAAAAGCCCUCUGCCCAUGGAAGACAUUGCUAAAAUGGCGGAUGAGUGCAUGAGAGAUGUGGAUGAGGAGGAAGAUGAUGAUAACUUUGAAGAUGAUGAAGAUCUAUUGGCGGAGCUCCAGGAAGUGGUGGGUGAAGAGGAAGCUGGGGACACAGUAACUGCUUCCUCUACAUCCUCCGCCUCUGCUGAAUCUUCUCUAGUUGAAACAGUCGAGCCCUCAGCUGUGCAGGAAGUAAAGAUCUCCAAAGCACCUCCUGGUAGCCUGCAGAACACUCUGGAGGAGCGAGCAGACAUGUAUAAGACGGCAAUAAAGAAUGCAAAGGCAGCAGGAGAGACAUCCAAGGCCAGAAGAUAUGAUCGAGGUCUAAAGACACUGGAAUCGAUGUUAGCUGCUUUAAAAAAGGGAAAGCCUGUCAAUGAAUCAGAGAUCCCGCCACCUGUUGCUACCGGAGCCCCAAGCACUGUGUCUCGGCCUGCUGCUCCUGUAAGACCCGCCCCCCCUGUUCCUUCGCCUCCUGAUCCAGCUCAGCAGGAGGAGAUAGAGACCACAACACUACCGUCAGCUGUGCCUGAUAUCGUCACACCCAGCAGUGAAGAAGGGGGGUCUUCAACUUCCAUACUGACUGCGAGCAAUCUUCCAUCUCCUGAGGAGUUACCUGACCCCGCAAAGGCCAAUCUGACUGAUUCCAGCAACGAGGCGACCAAGCUCAUGCUUUUGGAGAGGCAGAAAGAAUACAAGCUGGCAGCUCUGAGGGCAAAGAAGGAAGGGGAUAUGGAGCAGGCUAAGCUCUACUUCAAGACCAGCAAGAGGUUUGAUGCAGUGAUUGAGGCGUUGGAGAAAGGACAAGCAGUCGACCUCAGUGGCCUUCCAUCCUCUCCUGAAAAAGGUGCAGAAAGGAGCUCUGCUGUAUUGAACAAACCUUCCUCUGAGCAGAACAUGGACGCCUCCCUGCCAGUUACAGCAACCCCUGGCCCUGCUUCCCCUUCAGCACCUAAAGAUGUUUUGGAGGCUCUAGAGCAGAGACGAGUUAAAUAUGUGGAGGCAUCAAAUCAGGCCAAAGCCAGUGGGGACGACCGCAAGGCCCGAAUGCAUGACCGCAUUGCUAAGCAAUAUCAGAGUGCCAUCCGAGCCCACAAAGCUGGGAAACCAGUCAACUUUGAUGAGCUUCCAGUUCCCCCUGGAUUUCCUCCGAUCCCCGGCCAGAAGGCGGCAGGUGCUGAGCAGCAGUUUAUCGCUACUCUGGAGGCAGCUAGCAAGCUCGCUUCCACUGACGCUACUGAAGUUGGAGAUGAGGAGGAGGAAGAUGAUGAAAAGGAGGAAGAGUCAAAGAUUGCUGUUCCAGAAAAGCCAAAGAAGCCGAUGUUGGAUGUCCCUACAACGGUUCCAGAGCGCAAACGAGCGCCUUCACCUUCACCAGACAGAACGUCUCUAAAGGAAAGCCUCUCACCAGCAGCCGUUCAACUGCUGGAGCUCUUGGAGAGCAGAAAGAAACAGUACAUGAAGGCAGCUCUACAGGCCAAACAGAAGAACGACAUGGAACAAGCAAAGGGUUUCCUCCGCACUGCAAAGGGCUUGGAGCCCAUGAUCGAAGCAGCACGCAGCGGCAAGACCGUGGACAUCAGCACGCUACCAUCGCCCCCUGGUGACGAAGAGGACGACUUCAUCCUGGUCCAUCACAGCGAUGUGCAGCUUUCAGAGAAAGCAGAGCAGGUUUACACUCAGCUGUCCAGCAUUCUCAAAGAGCAACAUGAGAAAUGCUUGACGUACUCCAAGCAGUUCACUCACCUUGGGAACGUCUCUGAAACAACAAAGUUUGAGAAGAUGGCGGAAAGCUGCAAGAAGAGCAUGGAGGUCCUAAAGCUGGCUCAGUCGAGGGGUCUUCCUCCGCCUAAACAUCACUUUGAAGAAAAAUCCUUCCACACUGUGAGAAUAUUUCCUGAGCUGAGCAGCACCGACAUGGUUGUCAUCAUUGUGAAAGGGAUGAAUCUUCCUGCUCCUAGUGGAAUCCAGCCCAAUGAUCUGGAUGCUUAUAUCAAGUUUGACUUCCCUUACCCCAGCACAGAGCAGCCUCAGAGACACAAAACAAACAUCAUAAAGAACACUAACUCACCAGAAUAUAACCAGAGCUUCACACUGUCAAUCAACCGUAAUCACCGCGGCUUCAGGAGAGUCGUGGCGUCUAAAGGCCUCAAACUGGAGCUGCUGCAUAAAGGUGGUUUCCUGCGGAGCGACAAGCCCAUCGGGUCGGCUCUCGUUAAGCUUGAGAAACUGGAGUCACAGAGUGAAAUCAGGGAAAUCGUAGAGGUGAUGGACGGCCGUAAGCACACAGGCGGUCGAGUCGAGGUGAAGGUGCGACUGCGGGAGCCUCUGAGCGGUCAGGACAUGCAGAUGAGCACAGAGCGCUGGCUGGUCAUCGACUCCUCAAAGAGUCCUGUUUAGAUGCGUUUCAGUAGAGGAGUAACAGAUAAAGGAGGAAAUGGAAUCGGUGAGGAACAUUCGGAAAGAUGAGAUAUGGGAUCUGCUGAGGACAGUCUGUUGUUUGUGUGGAACCAAGACCUUAACCGAUCUUGGACUUCUUUAACUUUUUGCACACCAGUGCAACAUGGAAGCGCCUUUUGAACAGCAGUCCACUCAGAGGAGACGUUUUGCCAUUGUACCCGGGCUCAGUGCAGGGUCUGAGGAGCUGCUGUAGGACUGUGGUGAUGCAUGAAGCAGACCUUAGACCAACAAGCUGAAGGCUUAUUGAAUCAGAGGUAAAGAGACCCAGGCAGCCAUUGCAGCUGCUCCUGGUAAAUCAGCUGCACCUUGAGAAGUUAGCAGUCUGUUUUCUGCUAAUGUUGAAGAGCUACCCUCUUGCUGGCUAAAACUUAAAUUUAUUUAAUUCACUCUAACAAAUCAUUUGUACAUAUUGGUCAUAUUUAAACAUAUCUAGGAUGUAGAACUUUACUAUGCACUAAUACCAAAGUAAUCAGAGUUGCUGUAAAAUCCUGCAUAUUUGAAUCACCUUUAGUUGCCAAGUAUGUUACAAAGUUGCAGAAAUUUAUUUUUUACAUUUCUAUAAUACGGCUGACAUGUUUGCACCUUAGGUUGUCAGGAGUUUCCACAGGAGAAAGCCCAGUGGUUAUGAAGCUACAGGAGGUGUGGUUAGGCCGUUAUUCUAAAGACUGUCCUUUCUGCACCUUCUACUUUUACUGGAAGUUGGAGGUGUGUUUUGUUUACAAUAAGAAGCACAAAACCCCAGAAAUCCUUAAUAUAUGCAGAUAAAGUAGAGGUGUAAAAGUUAUGGAGUAGCCUAUCUAAAGUAGCAGUCUGGUUAACUGUUUUACAUCGUUUCAAGGGACAAAUGAUGCCCUUUAUGACUGAAAAUUCGUAAGUAGAAAGACUGAGCACUGUUAAAUGAUGUCAGUUGAGUAAAAAUAUGAAACUAAUAUCAGGCUUUAUUACAAGUGUUUUCUGUCCCUGUUUCAGUUCUUUCUGGGAGUAGUUAAAAGGGUCAGUUACUGUUAAAAAAAGCAAUAUUUUUAGAGGAAGUCUGGUCAUUUUAGUUCCUAAAAUGUUGGUCUUAAAAGUUUACCAAGAAAUUAUGCUUCUCAGAGUCCAUAAACUGUAGGACAUAUUGGCAUUUCAGAAUGUUAAAUCGAUCCGUUUCCAAGGUCCAGAAAUAUUUGUUGGCAUAAAACACCUUUAAAAUAAGCUGGUCUUUUAUUGCAGAGGAUUAAUCUGGCACUGAAAAUUUCACUAAAUUAAACCAAUAUUUGGAGAAAAUUCCAUAUUUUAUAUAUAUAUACAUAUAUUUUUCCUUAAAUCCCUUUGCAACCUUAAUAUAACCUCAUAAAGAUGUAUUCUAAAAACUGUAAAGGGGAAAAACAAGAACAAAACAAUCACUUUUAGUUGUUAACGGCUUUGGAAACCUUUCAUCAGGAAAUCUUUCUGAUCCGUUUCCAGGGACAAAUAGGAGGUGGCGCAGAGUCCUUUUUUUGGUUUGUUUGUUUUUUUACCAGCUGGUUACUAGGCUGGAUGAUGAACCAAGUUCAUCUUGGCACCAAGCAUAGAGAGCAAGAUGGGACUGCAGGUUAAAACUAGUUUUUAAAACCACAACAAAAAGGCAGCAUUUUAGCACCAAUUGACUCUUUAACUGACCUUGUUUUCUGCUUUCAUUUCUAAUUUCACCAUAAAUUGGGCCAAAACCCAUCAUACCCCUAAAACUAACUUUCUAUAAAUCAUGCUAUCAUGACCUUUUAUUCUUUUGAUUUCUUAUUGAUCUAUAAUUUUCCUUCAAAUCGGUAAGUUAUAAGUGAACUCACCAAAAUAUAUCAGGAAAUAUAAAAUUAACUUAUUAUUAUACAGUAUGGUUUAUGUUUGCCACUUUUUUAAUCGUAGCUAAACGUUAUAUGGCCUUAGAACAUUUUUAACAAAAAAAAAAACCUGGUGGUCCACAUCAUUAGACGCUCGAUCUGGAUGCCAACAGGUUAUUUAGAAGUAUUUUAGCAAAGACCUACUGUAUUUGUCCUAGCGUCACAUACAUAAAGGCCUCUCAAAUUUUGAAACCCUGAUUUGUCGAGUUGAGACCAAAACAUAACUUUUCCAGGAACAAGUACUCGUGGUAGGUGUGAUGUACAACAGGCUGAAUUUAUAGAAAAGCAUCUCAUGCCAAUUUAAUAAACAUGGUAGAUGAUGUAUAAUGAUGUAGGCCUCCCUUUCUUUCUUAACAGCCCCAAGAACAGAUUUUGAGCUCUCUAAACAUUCAGGAUAUUUUAAAUUAAAAUAAAAAAAAGCCUGUGAUAUCUGCAAGGGAAUGAACAAAGGUUCCUGACUGGUUCUUUGAACAGGGUAAUGUGCCAAACAUCCAAAUUGUAAAGUCUCCUCAGGAUUUCAACAUGCAUCUUAUGAAACGUCCCAAAAAAAAAAAAGGUUUAGAAAUUACAGGCAAGGGGUGCCAGCAACUGUCAUUUUAAUGAAGGUCAUUUUUUAACUAAUAUUUUAAAUACGAGAUAUUCAUUGUGAGUUUAUGCCUCUGCAGUAAAAGACGAGAAAGCUUUUCCGUUUGUAUUGACAAAAAAUAUUUAAUAGAUUUAGUUUGAACUGAUUUCUAUUUUCUGACUGAUAUAAAUAAAAUCUAUCAAUAUGGCCAAGACAAACACAAAUACGUCAAUUUUAACUGAACUGUCCCUUUAAAGUCCCUAGUAAUGAAUAUAAAUGAAGCCAUAAUAAAGCUACUGAGCCAAGUUAGUAAAUGGCUUCACCUCAGCCCACAGGUUGGUCACAUCAUUUCAGUUUCUUUCCUAAAAAAGAAAAAAUGUUUUUUUAGUGUUUAACCAACUACAGGUUUACAAAAGGUAAAUGUCUUGUUGAUAUUUCUAAAAUGCUUCGACGUGUAUGGUGAAAUCUAGAUAUUGCAAGCAGAAUGAAUAUUGUGAUCAUGCUUCAGUGUAACAUCAAAUCCCCCAGUUUUAUUGGUAAUUUAAUUCUGCUGCAUAAAUAAUUUUCUGAAUAAAAAAGAAAAGGACUCC